CGCGUCACCGUACUCUCGAAAUAUAUUCGAGUUGUUGUCCACAGGGCUACUCCAGCUUCAAGCAAUUAUCACCAUGGGCAUAUUUUCCUACGUACCAGCUUCCUUCACGGAUAGAAAUCUCACUGAUCAAAGUGGGAAGGUCUUCAUCGUGACGGGGGCGACGAGCGGUGUUGGCGAAUUACUCACCGACAUACUCUACUCCAAGCACUCCAAAGUGUACGUGGCUGCACGUUCAACAGACAAGGCAGAGCAGACAAUUCGAAAGAUCAAAUCCAAACAUCCGACAUCUCAUGGAGAUUUGAUCUUUCUUCGCCUCGAUCUCGACGACCUAUCGACAAUCAAGGCUACGGCAGAGGAAUUUCUGAGCAAAGAAACCAAAUUGAACGUCCUCUGGAACAAUGCAGGGGUCAUGGUCCCUCCACAGGGAAGCAAAACAAAGCAAGGCUACGAGAAACAGCUGGGCACCAAUGAUCUUGCCCCAUUGCUUUUCACCAAGUUAUUGACGCCUGUCCUUCAGGAGACCGCCAAAGUCGAGCCAGUCGGCAGUGUCCGAGUCGUCUGGGUUGCGUCGUCGGCAGCAGCGAAUUUCGCACCCCCAGGGGGCGUGGUGAUGCACAACUUGUCAUAUGAGAAGGACCAAGGGGCCUGGUACAAGUACGGGGUCAGCAAAGCUGGAACAAUCUUUCAAGCUGCCGAGUAUGCCCGGCGGUUUGGGCCGUCGAACAUCCUCAGCGUAUCCCUGGAUCCUGGCAACUUGAAGACGCCUCUCUAUCAAACUACGCCAAAAUGGCAAAUGCCGUUCAUCAACUUCGUUCUCAAAGAUCCCAUUUAUGGAGCCUACACCGAGUUGUUUGCUGGCUUUUCUCCAGAUGUCCAAAUGAAAGACGGGGGUCGAUUUAUUCAACCAUUUGGAAAAGUUGGACACACUCGAAAGGAUAUUGAACUGUCUAGGAUGCCCAAGUCGGAGGGAGGCAAUGGGGUCGCUGAGGAGUUUUACGAAUGGACCGAAAAGCAGGUGGAGCCAUUUUUGUAAAAUGGACAGCAAUUAAUUAGCAUGCGAACCUGAUGUCC